GUGGUGAUCCUUGAUGAGAGAAAACGGCGUCGUAACAUAUUUCAAACUCCGCUUCCCCUUAAAACCCUAGAAUAGUAGUGCAGGUUUGGUCUUUUCAAAAAAAAGGUUAGGUCUUUUCAGCCUUGUCCACACCACAAGCACAGUGAGGUGAGAGAGCCAGAGAUUCCAACAACAAUGGCUCAGUUACAGGCCAUCUCAUCGAGUUCAUCUCCCAACUUCAUCUUCUACGGACCCAAGCAAGAUCCAUUCCUACAUCCUGAUAAAGUAUGCUGUUCAAAGAAGUUGCCUUCAUUCCAAGAGCUAGGGGCGAGAGCGAGUGAGCUUUAUGGGCACACAAUUGUUCAUAGCAAUGGGAAUCUUACUAAAGCUUGUAGCAAUAAAGCUAUUCAAGCGAUUUUGAGCAGUGAAAAAGAGACGGUAACCUCUUCAGCUGGCAGUGGGGGAGUUUUACGCAAAAAAUUAAAUAAAGUGGUUUUGGCCUAUAGUGGUGGUUUAGAUACCUCAGUCAUUGUCCCAUGGCUAAGGGAGAAUUAUGGC